AUGGACAGUGAUCGGGCAAAGGACAAUGCUUCCAAAAAAAGUGAAAAUCCUAACAAUAAAUUUGAGGAACCAUUGGGAUUAAGUACGAAUACUGCUCUUGAAACCUUACAACGUGAUAUCAAAAGAGUUCUACAGGAAUAUGAAGAAGAAUGCAAAAGGAACAAAAAAUAUAAAGCUUGGCUAAAGGAUACUUCACACCACCGUAGUCAGUACACAACUCUCUGUUGGACUUCAGCAAUUGCACUUUUGAUCAAUAGCAUUAUCCUUGUUAUUGCAUCCUUUACAAUCAAUGAUACAUGGUACCCUACACUGCCUUACGAAGGACUGACUGUCUGUUGUUUAGUAGUGAUAAAUUUUAUUUUAGUCGUAUCGGAUAAUAAAUUACGACACGAAGAGAUUCCUCAUAGAGUACGAAUUCUUCUCGACCAAUUAGAAGAGGCAAAAAAUAUUUGCCAAUGGGACACCGAAAAUUAUCCACAUUUAUGUAGCCCGUUGUCUCCUUGUUUAACUUUACAAUGGACUUAUCGCGAUGGUCACAUAGUUAAUUUGCCCUGGGCACUAUUGGUUGCUGGAGAUAUAAUCGUGAUGAAACCUGGACAACAAGCUCCUGGAUACUGUAUUCCUUACAAUAAUCCUGAAGCACCUGUAUUGCAUGCAAGAGAAGUAUACAGUCCACAGGUUCACAGUGCUAAUGAAAUUUUUUCUACUCCUCAAGGACGAAUACCUCUGAAGAAUAAAAUCUACAAACUUCAAGAAACACCCUACUUGAUGAACCUGAGAAUGGCUCUUGAUCAGGCCCUAGAUAGACCGGUCACCUAUCACAAUCGCAAACGACAUCUCUUAAUGAUCUGUUGUAUCGAACAAUUAGCUUAUCCAGUUCUUUUAAUAAUAGUCUUAGUUGUUAAUUUGUUUCGAUACUUGUAUCUGUGGGAAUACUUUGGUAUUGGUUACUGGAACGAGAUGUUCUUGUUACAACCGAUCGCCGUUAGUCUUCCUUUGCUUCCAUUAAUAUUUCCUAUUUGUUGGAUCUUUUUGAAUUGCUUCGGUAUGGCCCGAUUCAAGGCUCUGUUCAAACUUUAUCAAUCUUCGAAAAAGCUACAGUUUGUGGAUCCUUUCGAGGAUGCAGACAUCUCUGGACCUACUCAUCCAGAGGUGGUGUACAAUUGGAUGGAAUUGAAAGAGUAUUUUUUCAACAUUCUCCUUGGUAAAGAGCACAUGAUGUCUAGAUCUGCGAGUAUUCUACACGUUCUAGGAUCAGUCACGGCACUAUGUUGUGUGGAUAAAAAAGGAAUUCUAUCGUGGCCUAAUCCAACAGCUGAGAAAGUAUUUUUCUUAAGAAACGCCAAUACCUUAUCACCGUCUUCGAGUACCGGUAGUUUAGACAGAACUUCUGAACCUCAAUGCCAAACUCAAACCGAGGAUUCCAAACAAGAAUCGAAUAAAACAUCAUACGUACAACAUGAUCUAUCUCAUUCAACAGCAGAAGUCUUGGACCUAACUCAUGAUCAUGCUUUACCAUUUCGACUACAAUUUGAUGAUCAUUCUUGGAGGCAACAUUUGAACUCAUUGAAACCAUUAGGUUUAGCAAUUCUAUUGAACACAUGUAACAUGGACACACAAGAGCAUUACAUGCAAUUUUGUUGCCAUGUCACUUGUGAAGCUCAGUAUAAUGAAAAUCUUGUACCAGUCACUAACAGACGCUACCAGGAUCACAGUAUAGAAGAUAAGAGUGGGUAUCGAGCAAAAGAUACAAUGCAAAGUUCAAGACAGGUGUAUUUAGACGACGAAUCGGGGAGCCUUGGGCAAAUGUGGUGUUUAUGCGAAUUAGCGAAACAGAUAGGUUUCCAAGAUCAGGCCCAACAUAUAUUCCAACUGGAGCAACAAUUGUCUACGUUCAGACACGUGCAACCAGAAAUGGUCCGACGUGAUAUCAAAUUCGCACGAUCCUUGAGCAUUGCGACAAAAUUAAAGUUCCCUUUUCCACAUAUGGUGGCCGUGGUGGUAAGAGAACGCACUGGUGGUGGUUUGCAAUUACUUACGCAGGGUACAGCUGAUAUAAUUCUAGACUCUUGUAUUGAAUUUUGGGAUGGUCAUGAUCUGUGCCCACUUUCAGCGUCAGACAGGAAAAAGGUGCAGGAUUUUUAUCAGAGAACAAGUCUAACAUCGUAUUGCACCGCGUUUGCAUAUAGACCUCUGACACGAGGUAUCGGGGAUAAAAUGUCCAAGAUAUACAUCGAACUUCCAGCAGAUAGCAAGCACUUGUACGCACCUCACAGAAGUCCUACGCCAUUACCGUGGGACUUUAGAAAUGUUCUUGAUCCCAGAGUGAAAGGCAUACUAGGGCAAUUUCACUCGACUGAUUCCUUAUUGUGCAAUGAGAACAAAGAUGAUAGCGUGAACGACGUUGAAAGUUGCUUUGAAAUUCAAUGCAAUCAAGUGUUCAUUGGAAUGGUGACCAUGCAAUAUCAAGCACAAACAGACAUGGUACAAUUGAUAGAACAACUUGACAGAGCCUGUAUCCGUUUCGUUCACUUCAGCAAGGAGAAUGAACUAAGAUCCCGCGUGUUUUCGGAGAAAAUGGGACUGGAAAGUGGAUGGAACUGUCAUAUAUCGUUGCUCAGUGAAAGAGCUAGGAGACAGCAAUGGCUGGAGAGAUAUCCACACAUGACCCCAUCGUAUAUGUCCGAGAGUCCAGUGGGUUGGUGGGUGAGCCAGGCAGCAGCCAUGUCCUCACCCACUCCCUCGGCCCAAUCUCAUCAGCAUAAUUACUCCUGCAUGGAUGAGGCCAGCCACUUGCUUAAUCGUGUCUCUCCUCGUACGAAUUUGGACAAUAGCCGUGCCAUGAGUAUGUCAGCACCAAGUGCCAUAAACACCGACUUCUCCACUGUUAAAUUCGACGACGAGACCACUGAAUGGAACGACACAGGAGUAUCUCAAGUUAAAAGUGCCAUGAGCCAUAGAGAACAGGACACAGUGAGAAGUGAAGACAGCGUGCUUGUACAAAGUGUGGAUUUAGGUUCUGGACAAGAAGCAUGGCGAUCUUUGAGCUGUCUUACAGACAGCACAGAGCAAAGUGCUCCUGUGAAUUUUGAUCUCUCGAACAGGGCAAAACUACCUCGAGGCAUCGAUAAGAUUCGACCACAUAUUGAAUUGAUAGAUAAUGUGCCUCUUUUGGUGUCUCUAUUUACCGACUGCAACACUGCUGUUACAAGGGAAAUGUUACACAUUAUGCAAGAUUAUGGAGAAGUCGUUUGUGUACUUGGCUCUUCAGCCAAUGCAGAGAACAUGCCGAUUUUUAUGCAAGCCGAUGCAGGCGUGGCAGUGGAACCUUUGUAUCCUCAAGUUUGUCAAAGAGUCCCUGUGCUGAUAUCAACCAGGGAGAAUCAAGGACCAUCUCCGGUUGAUUUGAGUAGAGCAUUGAAUUCCAUUGCUUGUUCAUUGAGUGUCAAACGAGAGGAUCCAAUUGCGAUAUUCCAUUUAAUUAUGGAGGCUCGACAUUACAUGACAUGCCUCUGGAAUUGCGUGCAGUUCUGGCUGUGUUGCACAGUCACCCUCUCUAUAACUCAAGCUCUGUCUGGCUUUUUAUUACUGCCACCUCUAUUUUCCGUCGAUCAAGUAUUAUGGCUUUGUUGUUUAAUCAUUCCAAUGUUAUCCAUAUCACUGAUCGCCACGCCUAUGGAUUCUACCAUAAUGCAACGAGCAACUGGCAAAAAUCAGUGCACCAUAAAUGGACGGAUUGCAUUAUUCGUUUUAUGGUGUUAUGGCAGUAAAUUUUUACCAACAAUUGUAACGAUAGUUUUAUCGCAAUGUAUGUCAUUUUUGACUCUGUGCCCUAUAUACGCGACAAACUCGAAGUGCCUGUAUGUGUACCCCAACAUAAGUGGAGAAGUUACAUGGGGUGGUUGGGGCGCUAAACCAAAUGUUAUUUUAACGAUACAACAUUUUGCUCUGACACUGUUCGUUUUACAUUUGGUAACCUUAUCUAUAGGCUUUGUACAUAGAGAGUAUUCUAUUUGGAAGAAACAACCUUUUAAUAAUUAUGUGUGGUUUUUAAGUGCAUUUAUAGCAUUAUGCGCACAAGCAGCAUUCUCAGGGACUGUCUUUUACACAUUUUGGAAAGACGAAGGUCAGAACAUCGAAGAUUUUCCUCUUCAUAUUCCUUUAUUUUUCUUACUUUCCUUGCCAUUCAUCUUCACGAUCAAUGAAUUAAUCAAGUGGCAAGAAAUUAAAGUGAACGUAAGGUAUCAGAAACGGGCACGGCUAGAAUUUGGUACAAAAUUAGGGAUGAAUUCGCCAUUUUAGAGGGCAUUUCUUAAAAAGGAUGAAAAGUGAAAGAUAUAAAGAUAAAAAGAGCCAAAUAACGAUAAAAUGUGUGUAAAUAUAAGACGACAGUUGAAGGAAACUAAAAUACUCAAGUCUCGCAUAAUUAUCUAAAUCGUUAAUUUAUUACAUAUUUAUUAAUGAAAUUCCCUGAACAUUGAUCAACUCGAAAAUAUAAUCGUGUAUGAAUAAUGUUACAAGGUAGGAUCAUCAAUUUAUAUUCAAGUAACUUGUAAAUGGUUUGACGGUUUAAACAAAAUGUUUCUAAAUGUUCUACUUAAUCAAUUAAGGGUAAUUUUACUGCCUCGAUUGAAUUUAAUGUUCGAAACAGGAUAGCUCUGAAAGUCAUAUAAUUGUUCUUUUCGUUAUUCGAAAAAUUAACAUCAAAAUAUUUAUAUUUUUGUAUAAUACCAAGAUAAGAUUUUAUAUUUUAUAGACGUUAGUGUGUUGCAAUGUGCAAUAUUCAUUAUGCCAUGUUUCGGCGAUACAGUGUACUUAAUUUUUCAGGCAUAUGUGCACGAAAAGUGUGCAAUAAUUUAGUCUGAGUUUAAUGUGUCUUGCCUCUGAUCUCUGAAUUUUUGUUAAAGAAAACAAAAAGUAUGUCUACUGAUCUAAUUUAAUUCAGUAGAGUUUCAUAAACUAUUCACUAGCAUUUGAUAUUUCUUUAUAUAAAUAACAAUUACAGAGGAAGUAUUAUAAAAAAAAAAUUUAUUGCUGCCUAGACCUAACAAUUUUAGUAUUAUUCAUAGGAAAAAUGUACAGAUAUAUUGUUAAGUUUUAUUGUUCUUGAUUUUAUUGUGUUCCUAUAGAAUAUAAUUUAUUUUCAACGACAAUGCUUCAAAUCAGGAUUCUUUAAAAUGUCUGUUUUGCAUGAUUAGUAAGCGUUUGUCUUGUGUGAAUGUUUUAGGCUUUGUAAACUAGUAUCAUUUGUACGUAGUUGAAAGUAGAGAAAUGAUAAAUUAAAACGUAUAAUAGAAGACCAUGCUAGUAUACGAUAAAUAUCAGGAUAUUUCGAUGUACGUGAACGAUUCACAAUAGUAUUUUAAUGUUUAUUCAAUCCAGAGCAUAUUCUGUUCCUUCGAUUAUAUUGAAAUCAAUUUUAUGCAAUUAAGUUUUUUAAGUAGGACUGUUAUGAAAAUUUGAAUAUCAGUAGAAUUCUGAUUUCAACUUUGAAUAAUUGAAAAUUAUUUGAUUAAUAAUUCAAUUAUUUAAAGUUUUACAGUUCUAAUUUUAAUUGCAACCUGCACGCUGUAUAUUACUUUAAAAUUAUGCACAGUUAAACAGUAAACACAUUUA